AUGAGCACUUCUAGUGAAGAAGACUCAUUGACGGCCACGGCGCCUAGACUCUAUCGACUGCAGAACCUAGAGUUGGCCAGCGUCUUCAUCCACCGCAUGAGCACUGCCCAAGCGCCACUAGGGGCUCUCUCUUUGGCCGCUACCCUGACUUCCUGUCAUUUCAGAGAGGUCUUAGACGACUCCGAGGUGAAAUCACUUCUUCAAGAGGACGAGGUACGGGUCUCGCACAUGUCACAUAUCACAAACUGUCUACGAAGGGAAGGUAAGAAGGCUCCAGACGGCAGCAGUGCAGCGCUAUCUGCCGCUAUGAGGCUGCGAGCUGGCGCAGCGGGGUGCUACGGCAAGACAAAGUCACACUGGCUUGACUUUGCACAGGACAUGCUGGCUGAUUUGAGGUACAGUGACGUGCUGCAGUACUCGAAGUAUGACGAGCCCUGGGACGAAGCAUGGGGUGUCUUCAUGGCAGAGACGUAUCCCCUCUCCACACCACAACCAGACUACGGCUUCGGUCUCCGCUCUCAACCACCCUGCUCUGUCAAUGGACCCAAUGGGCAGUCCACCCCUCCCGCACUGAGUCAAGAGUCUCUCUGGCCACUCAAGCUACAGCUCACCACUCCACCGUGCCCCUCACCAGACCUCCCAGAGAUCAUCUACCCCUGCCUCAUCGUCCAAGUAGGAUCUCAAGUCGAUCCUCUCUUCUUCACCCAGAACCACGCUGCGGGCGCGGCCGUCAAGGCACUAUCGAUGAUCGAAAGCCUCGAGGGGUGCUACCGAAAGACAGUCAAGAAAGAGAAGGAGGAUGAGGAGGAGACUCACCGUGGCCCUUUGCCUGUCCUGGCCAUUUGCACCCAAGGCGCAAUGUGGGAAUUCUCCAUCGCUUUCCGUCUGCAUGAGAAGGAAAGCAGUCCCUCCAAUGGCAAACAUCCAAUGCCUGGUGUGCACCUCGUACGCAUCUGGAAUGGCAACGUCGAUGAAGCCUCCGGUCUUUACCAAGCGCAAUUUCUUCUGCAGCGCACCUUGCUCUGGAUCAAGACCGUCUAUCGACCAAGGAUCGAAGCGAUGCUCAAUGCCAUUCGACAGACGUUGUAG